AUAAAAAAAUCUUAUCUUUAGAGUAACGAUCUAACUUACUUGUUAUAUUUAAAUUUUAUGAACCAUAAAACAAAGUAGUUCGAUAACGUAAUCAUAAAACUUUUAAAAUUAAAUUAUAUAUUACAACCAAGUACUAUUCAAUUAGUAGCUUAAGAUUAAGUAUUAAUUAUGUCUCCGAGGAUUAAAGCUUUUGUAUCUCAGCGUACUGUUCUUGACGAUGAAAUUACUCCAGCUGUCGUCGUAGUUUCGGAUGAGAAAAUUCAUGAAAUAUUACGUGGGGAUGUUCAUCAACAGAUUAAACGCGUAGAAAGUAAAUAUCCAGGGAUAAUUAUCAAAGAUUUUGGAUCUUAUGUUCUGAUGCCUGGGCUGGUAGAUUCGCAUGUUCAUAUCGAUGAUCCUGGACGCACACAAUGGGAAGAAUUUAAAACAGCAACAAAAGCUGCCGCUGCUGGUGGAGUUACUACUGUCGUUGAUAUGCCGCUUAAUUCUAUACCACCAACUACGACAGUUGAUAAUUUGAAAGUAAAAAUGAAAGCUGCUGAAGGAAAUUUAUUUGUCGAUGUCGGUUUUUGGGGUGGAGUUGUACCAGGAAACACUAAAGAAUUGAAAAAAAUGGUUGAAGCCGGUGUAGUUGGUUUCAAAUGUUUUUUACUACCAAGUGGAGUACCAGAGUUUAACUACGUAACUUUAUCAGAAGUUGAAGAAGCUCUCAAAGAGUUGCAGUUUACUAAAACUGUACUUGCGUUUCAUGCUGAAUUUGAAGAUACUACAUCUACAGAAGGGAUGGAUCCUAAUUUAUAUGAAACUUUUCUUCAUUUCCGUCCAUCUAGCAUGGAAGUGCGCGCAAUUUCAGCAAUUGCUUCUCUUUGUAAAAAAUACAACGUACAUUGUCAUAUUGUCCAUCUAUCUGCAAGUGAAGCUCUUGAUAUAAUUUCAGAGGCUAAAAAAAAUAAUGUUCCAAUAACUGCAGAGACCUGCUACCAUUACUUGACAUUUGCCGCUGAAGAAAUUCCUAAUUCUGAUACUAGAUUUAAAUGUUGUCCACCGAUUCGCUCUAGUGAAAAUCGGGAAAAAUUAUGGAAAGCUUUGAAAAAUGGAAUAUUAGAUAUGGUUGUCUCAGAUCAUUCGCCCUGUACUCAAGACCUUAAAAUCAAUAGUUUUAUUGAUGCAUGGGGAGGAAUUUCUUCUUUACAAUUUGGACUGUCUAUAAUUUGGACGGAAGCUCAAUUAAAAAAAAUAACUAUCAGCGAAAUAUCGCGUUACAUAUCAGCAAACCCAGCAAAACUGUGCGGCUUGGAUAAAAUCAAAGGCCGAAUUUACCCAGGCAUGGAUGCUGAUUUCGUCGUGUGGAAUCCUGAGUCCCAGUUUAUGGUACAAAGAGCGGAUAUCUUAUACAAAAACAAGAUAUCUCCAUAUGAAGGAAAAGUAUUAAACGGCCGUGUAAUAUCUACUAUUUUGCGUGGAAAUUCAAUCUAUGAAAACGGUGAAAUCACCGAGAGUUUAAAAGGAAAAAUUCUUCUAAAUUAAUAACAUUAAUUUAUUCACAUGUCCAUCCGUUUACCUUAUUUUUAAAAAGAAUAAAAAAACAAGAGGUCUUGGGUCAACACUUGUGACCUUGUCGGCGACGUAAAAUAUCGCGAUGACUCAUUUUUCUUUACAUCCACGUAUGACGUCAUUAGAACAUAAUCUCUGGAUUAAACAGAAAUCUUCUAAAAGUAAUAAACACAUACUUUUUAAAAAUAUCUUUAAA